AUGAGGCGCGACCCGGCCCCCGGCUUCUCCAUGCUGCUCUUCGGCGUUUCCCUCGCCUGCUACUCGCCCAGCCUGAAGUCGGUGCAGGACCAGGCGUACACGGCGGCGGUGGUGCUGGAGGGCAAAGUGCAGUCCGUGGGCCCCCCCGCCGGCGGCGGCAAUGACAGCCGAGGAGCCGCCGGGGGGGUUUUGGUCAAGGUGCUGGACCUGUGGCCCCUCAACAGCGGAGGACUGCAGCGGGAGCAGCUCAUCAGCGUGGGCUCCAAGGCGCCCUGCUUCAAAGUGAAGCGCAACCACCGCUACAUCUUCUUCCUGGAGCCCACCGAGGAGCCGCUCGUCUUCCGCACAGCCUUCGCCCCGCUCGAUACCAGCGGCAAGAACCUCAAGCGGGACGUGGCGCGGAUCCUCUGCGCCGACUGCGCUGUCCCUCCCAAGCUGAAGAAACUGAAAAGCCCAAAUGUUCACGUUGGUGAGAAGAUUUCACUGAAGUGUGAGGCAACUGCUGGCAACCCUCAGCCUUCCUACAAAUGGUUUAAAGAUGGCAAAGAGCUGAAGAAGAGCAAAGACAUCCGGAUCAAGUAUGGAAAUGGGAAAAAGAUUUCCAGACUGCAGUUCAACAAGGUGAAGCUGGAAGAUGCUGGGGAGUACAGCUGCGAAGCAGAGAACGUUUUAGGGAAAGACACCGCAAAAGGCAGCCUGAAUGUGAAAAGUGGAACAACGAAAGCUCCACAAGUCUUACCAGCCUCAGAAACUAAAAUAGUUGUUAUGGAAGAAGAGUAACCACAAACCCUCUCCUCCUGGUCCGGGCAUGCUAGAAAAUGCAACGAAACAGCCAAUCUUAUUGUUGUCAAUGGUGGGGUAUGCUACUACAUCGAGGGAUUAAUCAGCUGUCGUGUGUCGAUCGAAUUCACAGGAGACCGGUGUCAGCAUUUCGCAAUGGUCAGCUUCUCCAAGCAUCUUGGAUUUGAAUUAAAGGAAGCAGAGGAGCUCUACCAGAAGAGAGUUUUAACCAUCACGGGAAUCUGUGUUGCCUUGCUCGUGGUGGGCAUCGUCUGUGUGGUAGCUUACUGUAAAACCAAGAAACAAAGAAAACAAAUGCAUAAUCAUUUACGGCAGAACAUGUGCCCAGCCCAUCAGAACAGGAGCCUUGCAAAUGGGCCAAGCCAUCCACGUUUGGAUCCUGAGGAAAUCCAAAUGGCUGAUUACAUUUCCAAGAAUGUUUCUGCCACCGAGCAUGUGAUCCGAAGGGAAACAGAGACAACUUUUUCGGGAAGUCACUCCUGCUCCCCAUCUCAUCACUGCUCCACAGCCACUCCGACAUCCAGCCAGAGACACGAAAGCCACACCUGGAGUUUGGAGAGGACGGAGAGCCUGACUUCAGAUUCCCAGUCUGGGAUAAUGCUGUCAUCAGUGGGAACCAGUAAAUGCAACAGCCCAGCAUGCGUGGAGGCACGGGCUCGCCGUGGGGCUGCCUUCUGCAUCGAGGACUCCCGGAGACCCCUGACUCAGUAUCGGGACUCAGUGGAUUCCCUGAGGGACUCACCACACAGUGAGAGAUACGUGUCGGCCCUGACCACACCAGCACGCCUGUCGCCCGUGGACUUCCACUACUCGCUGGCCACGCAGGUGCCCACCUUCGAGAUCACCUCCCCCAACUCCGCUCACGCCGUCUCCCUCCCGCCGGCCGCCCCCAUCAGUUUCCGUCUGGAGGAGCAGCAGCCGCUGCUACGCCGGUCCCAGCUCCCCUUCCAGGACACGCAGAGAUACGACAGCUACUACCAAAGGAAGAGCUACCUAAACGACAGCAUGGGCAGCCUCCCCUCCAGCCCUUUCCGCAUCACAGAGGACGACGAGUACGAGACGACGCAGGAGUACAUCCCAGCGCUAGAGCAGCCAAAGAAAACAGCCAGCAGCAGCAACAGGCGGUGGAAAAAAUCCAAACUGAACGGGCACGUCCCUCACAGAGCCAGAGCCGUCCGGGACUCCUUCUCCUUCAGCAGCGCCUCUUACAGCGAGUCUGAUGAGGAGCUGGUGGCCGAGAGCACCCCGUUCCUCAGCUCGCAGAACAGUGACCCGGCGCACACGGGGUCCCCGCUGCUCCAGCGGCCGGGGGACAACCGGACUCAGCACCCCUGCGGCAGGCACGGGGCCCGCGGGGAGGGUGCCCGGGGCAGCCUGCCGCAUGCCUCCCCUAAACCGGACCUGGAACAUCUCUAGGUGCUUCCCCAGUCCGGCCCGACCCGCAGGCAGAACCCGCAUGGA